UGGAGGAAAAAGAAGACAAUGUCUGAUCAGGCAACACAAGAUGGAGAGUCCUCCACGGUGAGUGGCAGAUCUGCAUCCGAACACGAGGAACACCUUGCAGAGCCCUCCUUGGAUGUCCACCGGCAUGUCCUGCGCAGUACCAAGCUCUCAGGACAGCGUGGAGAGAAGCGAGUAUUAGUUCAUUCUGACGCUGAGUCAAUGUCUCACUCUCCCGGUACUCGUCUACACUCAUGCAGUGGUGAAGAGCAUGCAGACCCCAUGGGCAAUGUUGAUGUGCACAAGCCACUGAAACCAGAGCUGGCUGAAGGUGUGCUGGAUAUAGACCAGUAUGAGCUUGCUAACAACCUGGUCGAUUCCGGCAUGAGUUUUGAAGACUUUGAUCCUAGUUAUGGUAGGUAUGAAGUGAAGUGGAGAAGUCCCGAGCAGCAGUGUUCAUGCCACUAGGGAAGACCAGGUACACUGAGUCAAAUUACUUGUUGAAUUCAGCUACUAAAGAGUUUUCUUUCCUAAGUUUGUUUCUGCGUACGCGCAAUACAAUACGUCCUACUGUCUAUAUCUAGCUUACAGCUGAAUAGAAGACAUUUUCCAUGUGCUGCGCAAGGUUACAUUUGGAUAUGGGUGCAUCCAGUAGCCUAGAUUUUCCCAUACUGGGCAAGCACAAAAUUAUGUUGCACUCUAUCACCAUGAUGUCAUCAGCAGAAAUCGGUUGUAUUUCCCCCAGCAUUUGCUGUUAAAAAAAUGAAUUCAUACGUGUAUAAGCUGACCAAACACAGCCUUCAUUUUCUCUUGGCAAAUAGCUAUCUAUACGAUUUAUCCAUUUGGAAAACUUACAUCCCAGGAUUUAAAUGUAUUUGCCUUGGCACUUUAGCCAUAAUUGGAUUUUUAACUCAUUGAAACAUGUGUUUGACAAGGCUAGUGCUGGAUGCUGCAAGGGGCAGAUUCAAAAUAGUUCCAUUGAAAACUUUUACUGUUGGCCUUUGUGUUCCCCAACAUAUUCGGAAGAGAUGUCAACACUGCAGUUCUAGUUCUCACAGGUUGAAGACAAUUUUAGUCAUUUUUUGCGGUUUCAUGUCUACAUGUAUUUCACAGAGUGGUUUGACCUAAGGACCAUGACUCAGGCUGCAUUGCUCUUCACUAUGAACUAAAAUACACUUGGAAUCAGAUCUGUCAACCCCCAAACCUUUUUUGUUACAUAUACAACGUAACUUUCUCAA